GUUGUCAGGACACUAAGUGGACACAUAAUGCAAACAGUUGUUUUCAUAGAUGAGGGUGAAUGCUAAGGAUCAGAGAGGACUCCAAGGCCUUCCUAGGGCCCAGGAAGACUCAGGCACUGGGAUACUCUCAUCACCCCCAUGCUCUUCUUAAGGGGAAGAAACCUACCUCCUCUGAGAUGGUGGGGCAGCGGGGAGUUGUGAUGGUUAUCCCAGGCUUGAGGUGUGCCCAAGAGUGAGAUCAGAGAUGUGUUUGAGGCUGUGGGGAGCAGCAUAUGUCACUUUCAGAAUAUCAGACUUGGAACCACUCAACAAGGAGAUCAAGGGCUGGGUGAGAAUUCAGCAAUUAUGGAAGAUUGAUGUUUCAAUAUAAUAUCCUUUUUCCUAUAGAGAUUUAAAACUUUUAAAAUAUAAUAAUUGACACAUAAAAUUUUAAAACAAGAUGAGUAUGUGAAGGCCAUUCCUGACACUUAUGAAAAGACAUUAAGCUCUCUUUUAAAGUUAAGCCUCUCUGUGCCUGACCUUCUCUCCCUGCCUUUGUCUAUGCCACUAAGGUUACUGCCUUUAAUUCAAUUCAAGGAGCUUUUAUUGCACAUUUACAAUGAAUUAUAGUGUUUUGGGGACACAGUGAAAGAGAAAACAUAGCCCCUGCUUUUAAAGACCUUACAAUCUCAUCAUAGAGUCCUGACAUACAUGCAGUAAGCUAUUAACCACCAUUGCAAGGCAGCAUAGUUACUGACUGAUAGAACAUAUGGGUGACCAGGUUCCCUGGGGAAGAUAGAACUGGAAGUGGACCCUGAAUUAUUGGUAGAAUAUAAAAGUGGGGAGGUGGGAAGGAGAAGGAGAAAAAAGGCAUGGAGGUGACAUUGACCAUAGUAUGUUUUAGGGGAAUGCUGGCUUCAGCACACUGGGGAAAAUGGCAGAUAAUUUUAGUUAGGCAGAGUAGGGCCAGACUGAGGGGCCCUAUUUAGCUAAUACAUCUUAGUUUCAAGUGCUAGAAACCAACAUGAGCAGGGUAAACUGUAUAACAUGGUGGUUAGAGCUCAGAUUCUGAAGCUUUGGUGUGAAUCCUGAUAUUAUCCAUUGCUAACUGUAGUGGACAAGUUACUUAAUUUCCUUGUCCGCUCUUUUCCUCCUUGGCUGUCUGAAGAUAGGUCGCCAUCAUGAACGACACCGUAACUAUCCGCACUAGAAAGUUCAUGACCAACCGACUACUUCAGAGGAAACAGAUGGUCAUUGAUGUCCUUCACCCCGGGAAGGCAACAGUGCCUAAGACAGAAAUUCGGGAAAAACUAGCCAAAAUGUACAAGACUACACCAGAUGUCAUCUUUGUAUUUGGAUUCAGAACUCAUUUUGGUGGUGGCAAGACAACUGGCUUUGGCAUGAUUUACGAUUCCCUGGAUUAUGCAAAGAAAAAUGAACCCAAACAUAGACUUGCAAGACAUGGCCUGUAUGAGAAGAAAAAGACCUCAAGAAAGCAACGAAAGGAACGCAAGAACAGAAUGAAGAAAGUCAGGGGGACUGCAAAGGCCAAUGUUGGUGCUGGCAAAAAGAAAUGAAGUGUCUAGCAGUGAGCUGGAGAUUGGAUCACAGCCGAAGGAGUAAAGGUGCUGCAAUGAUGUUAUCUGUGGCCACUGUGGAUGUUUCACGAGAACAUUAAUAAACUAAAAACUUCA